AUGCAUCUUGUCACUGUAGCAACUCAGCUCGAUCAAUGGUCUCUCGACUUCGAUGGAAACUGUAAGCGAAUCCUCAAAUCGAUAGCUAUCGCCAAAUCCCGAGGUGCAACUUUGAGAGUUGGACCUGAGCUGGAGAUCCCAGGAUAUGGAUGUCUGGAUCAUUUCCUUGAAGGCGAUACGAUCCUUCAUUCUUGGGAAGUACUAGCUACGAUCUUACAAAGUGAAGAAGCUCAAGAUAUAGUAUGCGAUAUUGGAAUGCCAAUCGAGCAUAAAAACAAUAAUUAUAAUUGUAGAGUCAUCAUUCACAGCGGGAAGAUCGUGAUGAUCAGACCUAAAAUGUGGAUGGCAAAUGAUGGUAACUAUCGCGAGCUUCGUCAUUUCACCCCCUGGCACAAACACCGUCAAGUUGAGCAACAUUCAUUGCCCAGAAUCAUCAGGAACGUGACCGGACAAUCUCUUGUGCCCUUUGGAGAUGCUGUAGUUUCCACUGAAGAUACUGUCAUCGGUGUCGAGCUCUGUGAAGAACUUUUCACCCCUGCUUCACCUCACAUUCUCAUGGGUUUGGACGGAGUUGAAAUCUUCACAAACUCUUCUGCAAGCCAUCAUGAAUUGCGGAAAUUGAACCGAAGGAUUGAUCUCAUCAAGGAAGCUACUAUGAAGCUCGGUGGUAUCUACCUGUACGCGAAUCAACAAGGAUGUGAUGGAGAUCGACUAUACUAUGAUGGAGCAGCUUUGAUUGCCAUGAACGGACAAAUCCUUGCUAGAGGAUCCCAAUUUUCACUUUCAGAUGUUGAAGUUAUCACUGCUACAGUCGAUCUUGGGGCGGUCCGAGCUCAUAGAACCACAUCUAGUAGAAGGAUGCAAUCCGCUCAAGCUGAGGCGUACCAGAGAGUUUAUGUGGAUACUAGGCUAGAUGGUGGUCAAGGGAUAAGGGUUGGUGAUGAAGAGACUAAAGGAUCUAUGGAAGUUGUUUAUCAUACACCCGAAGAGGAAAUUGCUCUUGGUCCAGCUUGUUGGUUAUGGGAUUACCUCCGACGAUCCAGAACUCAAGGUUACUUUAUCCCCUUGUCGGGUGGUAUUGAUUCCUGCGCUACUACCGUCAUUGUGCAUUCGAUGUGCAGAUUGGUAGCAGACGCAGCAAGCAAAGGAGAUGAGCAAGUCAUUGCCGAUGCUAGACGAAUUGCCGGUGAACCUGAGGAUUCCUCUUACCUUCCUACGGAUCCCAAAGAAUUCGCCGGGAGAAUCUUCCAUACCUGUUAUAUGGGUACUGAACACUCAAGUCCCGAAACCAGGAAGAGAGCUAAGGAUCUCUCGGAAGCGGUUGGAGGUUAUCACGUCGACUUGAACAUGGACACCGCUGUUUCCGCCGUCAAGGGAAUUUUCAGUUUGGUUACUGGCAAAAAACCUCAAUUUGCUGUUCAUGGUGGUUCAUCAGCUGAGAAUUUGGCUCUUCAGAAUAUCCAAGCUCGUUUACGGAUGGUCUUGGCAUACAUGUUUGCUCAACUCUUACCUUGGACGAGAGGAAAAGUCGGCAGUUUGCUGGUAUUAGGUAGUGCGAAUGUCGAUGAGAGUUUGAGAGGAUAUUAUACCAAAUACGAUUGUUCGAGUGCCGAUGUUAAUCCUAUCGGAGGAAUCAGUAAGACCGAUUUGAAGAAGUUCAUCGCUUGGGCAGAGGUGAAAUUCGAUCUACCAAUCCUGAGAAGCUUCCUCGAUGCUAUCCCUACUGCAGAACUCAUCCCCAUCGGAUCAGAUAACGUCGCCCAAUCAGAUGAAGUCGAGAUGGGAAUGACAUAUGACGAGUUGUCUGUAUAUGGUAGAUUAAGGAAAGUAGAGAAAUGUGGUCCGUACAGUAUGUUCGGGAAGUUGGUACAGGAAUGGGGUAGCUUCUUAUCCCCUGUCGAGAUCGCUACGAAAGUGAAACAUUUCUUUUUCAACUAUGCUAUAAACAGACAUAAGAUGACAACGCUCACACCUUCUGUUCAUAUGGAAUCAUACUCACCUGAUGAUAAUCGAUUCGACUUGAGACCUUUCUUGUUGCCUACGCGAUUCAGUCAUCAGUUCAGGAGAAUUGACGAGCUGGCUGAGAAGUUGCCUAAUAGAGCUACUCAACCGGGUAAUGAUAAGGCCAAGGUCGACUAA